CGUCAACCAACCAACCAACCAAGGAUCUACCUUCAUACCCCUACCCCUCUUCCAGCGCAGCAUCCGUCCGUCGUACAGAUCACCCCCUUCAAGUUCUUAAGCGGGGUAACCACGUCCCAGCUACAUAUAUCUAUUAACUUCUUAUUUGUCUGGCCGGUCGUACCUACCUACCUUAUUCAAAUCUCACUAUAUCGAACGUUCCCCUGUCGACGACAAAUAUCCAGCGCACCUACAGAAAAAAAUGACCAAAGUACUCGUUCCCGGAUCCCGGUUGGAGGGGAAAGUCACUAUUGUUACGGGAGCCGGAUCCGGUUUCGGCGCCGCCAUCGCGCAACGGUUCGCCUCCGAAGGGGCUAAAGUUAUCAUCGCGGAUAUUAGUCCCGAAGGGGGACAGAAGACCGCGGCUCAGGAUCCCGAGAACCUCGUGUUUGAGCAAAUGGAUGUGACUAAGGCGGAGGAUUGGAGUCGGGUGGUGGAACGGGCGUUUUCGCAGUUCGGGAGGUUGGAUGUGUUGGUGAAUAAUGCGGGGGUGACGUAUCGGAAUAAGCCGACGGUGGAAGUCACCGAGGAGGAGUGGGAACAGGUGUUCAAUGUGAAUGUGAAGGGGAUUUUCUUGGGCAGUCGGGCGUUUGUGACUCGGGUGAUUGAGCAGGGGCAGGGAGGGUCGAUAAUUAAUAUCUCGUCAACGGGGGCGGCGAGACCCCGGCCGGGGUUGGUGUGGUAUAAUGCGUCCAAGGGGGCGGUGUCGAAUGCGACCAAGGGUCUGGCGGCUGAGUAUGGCCCGCAUAAUAUCCGGGUGAAUUCGGUCUGUCCUCUUCUGUCGGCUACGCCGUUGUUCAGCCUGUUCACGGGGAUGCCAGAUACGCCAGAGAACCGGGAGAAGUUUAUUGGGAAUGUGCCGCUGGGUCGGCUCACGGAGGCGGACGACGUCGCGAAUAUGUGUCUGUAUCUGGCUAGCGAUGAGGGUCGCUUCAUCAAUGGGACGGAGAUGAUCAUCGAUGGUGGGAAGUGUAUCUAGUCUGCGAAGGCCGAUGAAAACGGGUGCUAUGCACAAUGAUUUC